AUGGCCGUCCUCUCCGUGUCGACGCCUCUAUCAACAGUAUCGUCAGUCGAGCAUCGCAACACUGGCAUUCAUCCAAACAUGCCGUCUGAUCUCUCUUUCUGGAUCGUAUCGGUCCCCCUCCCCGACGGCGACCCCAACAGCGUCGUCGAAGACGUCCGCAAGGCUACUGGCGGCACCGUCCCCGUCGGAGGCUGGGAGAUUCCCGAGCUCAAGGCCGGCACUCUCUCGUCGCUCAUCACGCUCUCGGACUCGCUGCCCAAGACGGACGCUCAGUUCACGCAGACCGUCUCCAAGCUCCUCGACACCCUGCGCUCCCUCGUCAGCGAAGACAAGACCCGUCUUGCGCAACAUGCCCGUGUCAAUGACCGCGCAACAGAGGCCUACGUCCUCCCGGACCCCACUGGAUCUGGCGGCUGGCGCUGGGACAAGGGACGCUGGGGCGACGGCGGCAAGGUCGGCGAUGUCGUGACUGCCCUCACCGAGGAGAUGACCACCAUCGAGACCUCGCAGAAGCAGAAGACCCAGACGUACAACCUCGCCAAGGGCGCCCUUACUUCCCUGCAGAGGAAACGGACUGGAAACCUCUCGCAGCGCUCGCUCGUCGAUGUCGUCAAGAAGGAGGACAUUGUUGAGAACUCCGAGUUCCUCGAGACCCUUCUCGUUGCCGUGCCCAAGACCCUUGUCAAGGACUGGGAGUCCAAGUAUGAGCGCCUCACCUCCAUGGUUGUUCCCAGGAGCUCCCACCAAGUUGCCGUGGACGACGAGUUUGCGCUCAUGUCCGUUACCCUCUUCAGGAAGGUUCGCGACGACUUCAUCCACAAGGCCCGUGAGAACAAGUUCAUUGUCCGCGACUUCAAGUGGGACGACGCUGGUCUCGAUAACCAGAAGAAGGAGCUUGCCCAGCUUGAGAAGGAGGAGAAGGAGCUCUGGACCGAGCUGCUCCGCCUGUCGAGGAUAAACUUCUCCGAGGCGUUCCAGCUCCUCGCACACCUGAAGACCGUCCGCCUCUUUGUUGAGAGCGUGCUGAGGUACGGUCUCCCCGCCGAGUACGCCGGUGUCAUUGUCAAGCCCGACCCCAAGACUGCCGUCAAGACCAUCAAGCAGCUUGCUGCGCGCUACAACUACCUGGGGUCCGGCAAGAGCAAGGACACCAAGGCGGCCGCCAACGACGAUGUGGUUGGCGAGUGGGCCAACGUUAUGGAGCAGGAAUACUACGACUUUGUGCUGUUUGAGAUACCCAAGGUGGAGUUUUAG